AUUGCCAUGACCACUAAAAGAAUCAUUUGUUAUGACCAGCGUUUAAGCUCUCUCUCUCUUCUAGAAGCUCCUCUCUUAGACCCUCUCUUUCAAAACCAAAUAAAUAAACUAGCUUUUCUCAGCUACUUUCAGUUGAAUAGAAAAGCUCUUAGAGACAAAAUGUCCAAAUUAAUACUUUAUGGCACAGAGGCCAGUCCUCCAGUUCGGGCUGCCAAAUUAACCUUGGCCGCCCUUGGUGUACCCUAUGAGUACGUGAAAAUAAAUACCCUGGCCAAGGAGACCCUAUCACCCGAGUUCCUCAAGAAGAAUCCCCAGCAUACGGUGCCCACCUUGGAGGACGAUGGCCACUUAAUCUGGGACUCCCAUGCCAUCAGUGCUUAUUUGGUGUCCAAGUAUGGCAAGAGUGAUAGUCUCUAUCCAAAAGAUCUUCUCCAGCGAGCUUUAGUGGAUCAGCGUUUACACUUCGAGUCGGGAGUUGUUUUUGUCAACGGACUGAGAAGCAUCACCAAGCCGCUAUUCGCCUCUGGCCAAACAACAAUUCCCAAAGAGCGUUACGAUGCCGUCAUCGAAAUCUACGAUUUUGUAGAGACCUUCCUUACCGGACAUGAUUAUAUCGCAGGAGAUCAACUGACCAUUGCGGAUUUUAGCCUCAUUACAUCUAUUACUGCUCUGGCGGUAUUUGUGGAAAUUGAUCCAGUUAAAUAUUCAAAAAUUACUUCCUGGAUCAAGAAAUUGGAAGAACUGCCUUAUUAUGAAGAGGCUUGUGGCAAAGGCGCGAGGGACUUGGUGGUUCUCCUAAAGAAAUUUAAUUUUACCUUCUCAUCUUAGGAUUAUGUCCUACAGUAUUAUUAUUAUUUUAAAUAACUUAUUUUGUAAACUGUUUUGUGAACAUUUCUAUGAACUAUAUGUGAAAGCUAACUAUAAAAUAUAAACCCAUAUGCUGAUA